UGGUGAGGAGGGGAGGAGGAGAGGAGGCGUGGGGGGAAAUUUCCGCUUCCUGCACCGAUAAACAUUUUACGACCGAAGUUGUGGAGUAAACUGGGGGGCUUUUUUCAGCGCGAGCUCACGGCGUGAAAUGACGUCGAGGCUGCAAUGUUGUCACUAAUAUAGCGAGGCGAUUAGCUCCACACCGGAUCAACUUUGGCUGCCCGACGUCUUUUUUGCGCAUUUGCAGCUAGGGCUAUGCGUUUGGGAAUUGUUACUAGGCAAACGUGAAGAGUGGGAACCAGACAAAAAACAGGCAGUCACACCACGGAUAUACCCCCUUAUCGUUUCGUUUGAACCCUUUUUUGUGUACUUGGUUAAGAACAAGACUCCAGGAUGUCGGAGCGCGGAGGGCUCCCGCGGACUGGGGGUGUCCCCUCGCCGCACAUGCAGCCCUCCAAACCGGUUACGAUCGUGUCGAACCGCCCGGUGCACAUGAACCUCUACGCCACCUGGGAAGUUGACCGAUCCUCGCCCAGUUGUGUGCCGAGGCUCUUCAACCUGACUCUGAAGAAGCUGAUCAUGCUGAAGGAGCUGGACAAGGACUUGACCUCCGUGGUCAUCGCGGUCAAACUGCAGGGCUCCAAGCGUAUCCUGCGCUCCAAUGAGAUCCUCUUGUCUGCUGCGGGCCUGACCGAGACGGACCUGCAGCUCACCUUCUCUCUGCAGUACCCCCACUUCCUGAAGAGGGACGCCAACAAACUGCAGAUCAUGCUGCAGAGACGGAAACGUUACAAGAACCGCACCAUCCUGGGGUACAAAACCCUGGCUCUGGGGCUCAUCAACAUGGCCGAGGUGAUGCAGCACCCCAGUGAGGGAGCCCAGGUGCUGGGGCUGCACAGCCAGCUGAAGGACACCUCGGUGCCUGUGGCCGAGGUCCGGGUGUACUCCCUGUCCAGCCAGCCCAUCAACCAGGAGGGGCCCAAGGCCAAGAUGUCCGACCGUUCCCCAGACAUUGACAAUUACUCGGAGGAAGAGGAGGAGAGCUACUCUUCGGAACAAGAGGGCAGCGACGACCCCGUUCAUGGGCAGGUGUGUGUGUGUCCACCCUCAUAGUUGCGCAAACACAAACUCACUCACAGUCCCGGGCUCCACUCCCUUGACCCGUGUGUGUGAUUCUCCUUCCAGCAACCCAACAUCAAGCAGAAGUUUGUUGCCCUACUGAAGAGGUUCAAAGUGACCGAUGAGGUGGGCUUUGGCCUGGAGCACGUGUCCCGGGAGCAGAUCCAGGAGGUGGAGGAGGACCUGGACGAGCUCUAUGACAGCCUGGAGAUGUACAACCCCAGCGACAGCGGGCCAGAGAUGGACGAGACCGACAGCAUCCUCAGCACGCCCAAGCCCAAGCUGAGGCCGUUCUUCGAGGGGAUGUCCCAGUCGAGCUCCCAGACGGAGAUCGGCAGCCUGAACAGCAAGGGCAGCCUGGGGCGGGACGGCACCUUCAGCCCGCAGGGGGAGCCAGUGCCCAUGGAGAAGAUGAAGCCCUCCCGCAGCCGCAACCUGGACGAGGCCCAGGCCGAGAGCAACACACUGGAGCUGAGCGACCAGGAAAUGGUAGCCGAGGUGGGCCCCUCCAUUACGGUGUCCGUGGCGGAGAAACCCCGUACGCCCAUGAAGAUCAGCAAGAACGAGAACCAGCCCAUGCCGUCCCCAAGGCUGGAUGGAAGCCACACCCCCAGGCAGAAGCGCGGGGCCACGCCCAUGAAGGAGAGGCAGCUGUCCAAGCCGCUCAGCGAGAGGACCAACAGCACAGACUCUGAGCGGUCCCCCGAGCUGGGGCAGAGCGCGCCGGUCCUGAGGAAGGCGGUGUACGACCAGCUGAACCAGAUCCUGUCCUCGGACUCGGCCCUCCCAGAAACACUGAUCCUGGUCAACGGGACGGGCUGGCAGGGACAGUACGUGGCCGAGCAGCUCCAGAUCGGCAGGCAGCCGGUGGUCUGCACGUGUUCGGCGGCAGAGAUCCAGGCGGUCCUCUCCGCGCUGCUCACGCGCAUCCAGAAGUUUUGUAACUGUAACUCGUCCAUGCCGCGGGCGGUGAAGGUGGCGGCGGUGGGCAGCCAGAGUUACCUGGGCGCCAUCCUGCAGUUCUUUGUCACCCAGCUGGCCAACAAGACGUCCGAUUGGCUCAGCCACAUGAAGUUCCUGGUGGUGCCGCUGGGUUCCCACCCCGUCGCCAAGCACCUGGGCGCCCUCGACAACCGCUACAACGCGGCCUUCCUGGACACGGCGUGGCGGGAGAUGUUCAACCGAUCUGAGCCCCCUCCUCCCUCAGACCAGCUGGACGUCGCGGGGAGGAUUGCCCAGUACGUGGGUGGAGCCACGGUGACUCACCAGCUUCCUAUCGCGGAGGCCAUGCUCACCUGCAAACACAGGACGCGUGAUGAGGACUCCUACCAGAAGUUUAUUCCUUUCAUCGGGGUGGUGAAAGUGGGCCUCAUCGAGUCCGGCCCCUCUCCGAUAGGCGACGCGGAGGAGGGCGUGGCCGUGAGCCUGGCCGUCCCCUCCACCUCCCCCCCCACCAACACCUCCCCCUCUGGGGCCAUCAAGGAGGCGGCAACUCCCCCCUCCUCCCCCUCCAUGGGGUCCGUGCUGACGGUGCAGGGAAGCCCCAGCAUGUCCCACGGCGUGGAUGCCAUCGGGCUGCAGGUGGACUACUGGCUGGCCUCGCUGGCGGAGAAGCGGCGGGAGGGGGAGCGGCGCGACACGGGCUGCAAGAACACCCUGAAGAGCGCCUUCCGAGCCCUGCAGGUCAGCCGGCUGCCAGGAGGGGGCGGCGUGGAGCCACAGGCGCACGUCAGCACCAUGGCCAUGACGGUGGUCACCAAGGAGAAGAACAAGAAAGUGCCUACCAUCUUCCUGGGGAAGAAGCCCAAGGAGAAGGACCUGGACUCCAAGAGCCAGAUGAUCGAGGGCAUCAGCCGGCUCAUCUGUUCCGCCAAGCAGCAGCAGACCAUCCUGAAAGUAUCCAUCGACGGCGUGGAGUGGAACGACGUCAAGUUCUUCCAGCUGGCCGCACAGUGGCCCACCCACGUCAAGUACAUCCCCGUCGGACUCUAUGGCUACAGCAAGCCCCCCUCCUAGGGGUCUGCGUCCAUCACGACCUCGGACCCCCCCCCCCCCCCUCAACCCGGACCCAGCCCGACUCGACCUCAUGACCUCCUCCCCCCCCCCCCUCCGUGUGCGGAAGCCUAACCCUUCAACCCCGCCAAGGCCCUUGAGCAAUGCAACGUCAUUCAGACGCAGGUCUCGUUCGUUGGGUUUGUUGUCGUUUUUUGUGUGCGUUUGUUUCUUCUACUGUUUGCUCAUUUAUUCUCCAAGACGCACAGAAGGGAGAGAUAGGGAGUGUGUUUUUUUGGGGGGGUGCAUUGCUACUACUAGUCACUUUAUUACGUGUGUGCAUGCGUGUGUGUGUGAGUGUGCGAGUUUAUGUGUGUGUGCGUGAGUGUGUGGCCAUGUACACGUGAAUGUUAAUUGACAAAUGAAUGUGGGCGUGUGUAUGUGUUAAUUAGGGGCUUACAUAUUGGCACAGCUUUCCUUCUAUACCUGCUCAUUAGCUACUGAUCCAUGACACCCCCAAAAGCAUGAAGACUACAAACUAUUGUACUCUUAACCCACCCCUGAUACCCCUGUUCCUAAAUCACUUAACCAUUGACCCUGACCUUGAUGGUUUCAAAUCUAUAAAACUGCCCCGAAACCAGAAGACCGAAACUCAAACCAUGCAUGUUUAGACAUCCCGUCUAUGCCACUUGUGUGCCAGAAAAACAACAACAACAACAACAAUAUGAAAAACAGGGCUACCGCUUUAGCAUGCGACGGAUAGCUUACAAAAAACGUUUACCAAUGAAGGCUGGUAGCAUGCGAUGCUGACGUCUGACCUUGUUUCAUACAGAUGUGCCCAUCAGUUUGCUUAGAAUUGAAGGGCUUCCGUUGUUGCAAAAAGCAUUUCUGAUGCCUUAUUGCGUCUGGGUCUCUAUGAUCAUGCAUAAUGUACCUUGGGAACCAGCCCCUCCCCUUUAAUCCUGCGUCGGGGCGUGUCAUCCAAAACGAGCACACUGGAAAGAACUCUGGUGCCAAGUUGCACUUCAUUGUCUUAUUUUCUAUGCACUUUUUUUUCUCAAUAACAAACCGGCAUGUAGUCCCUCCCUACUCUCCUGUUGCGCUUAAUUGAGCUCAUCCGGGGGUUAGCUCCCGCCCAACUGCAGCUAAUCCUGAGAAAAUACCAAGGGAAACAUUAGGAUUUGGUUCAAAGACCAAAAUUGUUCACCAGUGAUUUCGACCAGAAUCUACUGAAACAGAAGGACGCUAACUCCAUUACUAGCUUGUCCCCCCCCCUCCCCCUCCUCCGCCACUGAGAACUGCCUUGAUUGUGUGUAUCUGUGGAUGCCCUCAACCCCUCCAUAUAUUAAAGCACAAUGUAAUCAGUCUGCUGGCCCUCCCCUCCCCUCCCCAAAGGAGCUGCAACAGCCAGUUCAACUCUUUUUAAUAGUGAAUCGUCGUGGUCUCGGGUCAUAAUCUGAUCUUCAUGUUUUACUGUAAAAAUGUACCAGUGAUGCAAACUAUCCGCCAUUACGUAAUUUCCUAGGAUCCAUCCUGUCUGAAAAAAACGAAAAAGAACAUACAUUUAAGACCGCUUUUAUUUAUUGUGCUUUUGACCCAAAUCCACAAUACGUAAUGUAGAUUGUUAUAUGGUGAUCAGUGCGUGUACAGUACCUGGUGUGUGUGUGUGUGUGUGUGUGUGUGUGUGUGUGUGUGUGUGUGUGUGUGUGUGUGUGUGUGUGUGUGUGUGUGUGUGUGUGUGUGUGUGUGUGUGUGUGUGUGUGUGUGUGUGUGUGUGUGUUCGGUAAAUUGAAAUCCAAAAUAAGAAAAAUACUUUCUUUUUUUACCAUGGGCCAAUUUUUACCAGUGUGUCAACGUGGUUGUUAAUAUUACAAUGUCGUCUAUAUUAGAUUAGGCCUGCGACGUCGACAAUGGUGCACCAAUGUUUACUCUGGCCUGGCACCGGGCCAAUUCAUUGAACCCCAAUGAGCUGUACGUUCAACUGAAAUCUUGAGUAACAGUCAACUUUAAUAAUCAAGUAACCUGAUCACACUGAACCCAAAUGACAACAGCUUCAUCUUUAGAAAAUGUGGCUAUGGUGCAAAAUAGAAGUUGGUUUUUCUGUGUGAGAGUUAUGAUUAUUAUUAUUAUUGUUGGUGUUUUAAAAAAAGAGCAGGAACUUUCCAGACUAGGAUAGCUCUGGUUUGUGUAUUUGCAUAGCAACACUCCUCGUCAGAGUAGGUAUUAAGGACACAAGUUUUAAUAGUAUUAAUGCAAUUGCCUUGAUUGUUACAGGUUUGUUUGUUCAUUCGUUUUCGAAUUGGACAUUUUUAUUUUCCUCUUAUGUCAACGUAACAGUGUUACAGUUAUUUUAACUCGAAUACCACAUGUCUGCCCGGUUUUUACUUUGGCCAUUUCUCAAUUCAUCGUAUCCUUGUAUACUAUUGGGAUGUUUAAAGCCUCUUCUGGCUAAAGGUGAAAGCAUUUCUUUCGACUAUUUAAAUUUCAUUUCAUAGUUAAAAUGGGUGUAAACAAUGUUGCUUGAUAAAAUAAGUUAUUUAGAAAGCUGCAGCAUUCUCUUAUUGUUCUGGGAGCAUGCUCUGUAUCUGCAAUGUUUUCGGUAAAACUGGGCGGUCUCAAGUUUACGAACCAUUUGUGAACUUGAAAUCAUCACGCUACCCUCCUGUGAUCGAUGGAGAGGGAGGGGUCUGCGCAACACCGCGCAGCGCAAUCGGGAAGAUUUGAUAAAACAUUCAGCAUCAUUAAAAGAAUAUCGACUUGCACCAUGUAGGGUUUUAAAACUAAUUGAUGGUAUAUCUGUACUUAUAUGUGUAAGCAUUACUUUAUCUGAAACAAAAUGCUCUCUGCUAGUUGUUAACCUCAUUAUUGUCCAGAUGUGAUUCUAAUGUGGUUCAAUGUGGUUCCAAAUCAAUCUGGCUGGAGACAGCCGAUGGAUGUGGAGAUGUACGUGUCUCAUACACCUCACCAUGCCAAGUUUAUACAUGAUGUUAUGUCACCCAAGAUGACGAAGGGUUGUGUGUGUGUGACGUACCUAUGAUUUGUGAGCGUUUUAAGGGGGUGAAUACUCGCAAAAUCAACCGCCUGAAGUGACUGGUGUUCACACUGGUGUUCUCUCCUAACAUUGACCGGGUCAAUGUUAGGAGAGACCAGAUCAUUCCCCACCUUUGUCCCAACCCUUCAUAUAUUCGGAGUCUCUCUUUUAAACUUACGAUGCAUUUUUUUAUUUUUCCAUUACCGAACUUUAGGAUCCACUGGCUGUAUGUGUGUUUGGGUGUGCGUGUGUGCGUGUGGAAAUCUCACGUUAGUUACUGUGUGUUGACGUGUGCGCCGUUUACCUCUACCUGUGUUGACUCCGUGUUCGUGAAAUGAAACCCUGACGUCGGUCGUUGCCUCGCUUUUCCGAUGUCCGUACUACUCGUUGCUUAGGUUUAGAAGUGUAUGUUCAAGCCGAUUUGAUCUAACAGUGGCCUUUUCUCUCUCUCUCCACUGUCCUCGGAUACGUUGUCACUCACACACUCACACGGUGACACACACACUUAUACACUUUCUUCCAAAGUCUUCUCCCAGGAUUCCACAAGCUUAGCCUUCUCCACAUAUUUUUUUAAAAGCCCUCUUUAUCUUUCCUUAUCUCUCUCACACACACACACACACACACACACACACACACACACACACACACACACACACACACACACACACACACACACACACACACACACACACACACACACACACACACACUACUACUACUAUAAUAACACACAUAAUUCUAUAAAUUUCAAGGAAAGAAAUGCAUAGCAGUUGUCUGUGUAUCCAACUGUGUAGGUGGAGUGCAUUUAAACAAUUCUAAGCUUGUGGAAUUGGAAAGUAUUUUGCACACGUCAUUGUUUUCCUCUGUCUUCAGCAUUUUGCCUUCAAUGACUAUAAGUAAUAAUAAUAAACUGUAAUGCCUGUACAUAUCUGAAUAGUUCUUGUUAUAUUGUAUUCUAGUUGGUUUUCUUCAUGUGUUUUGUAGUACGGCUUUUUCAUGAUUUAAGUUGUCAAUCAAACAUGUGGAAUGAAAGGUGGAAUUAUUAAUUGUUUUGUUUGUUUUUUAAUAAAAAACAAAGAUCAUCA